GGAAGCUUUUGGACACUAUCGACAAAUUUCGACAAGAUGGCGAACGAAGUAACUCACGCACCAAACAAAACAUGGGAAUUAAGUCUUUAUGAACUGCAUAGAACACCACAAGAUGCUAUUACGGAUAAUACAGAAAUAGCAGUAUCUCCUAGAAGCUUACACAGUGAACUUAUGUGUCCAAUAUGUCUAGAUAUGCUCAAAAACACUAUGACAACAAAGGAAUGUUUACAUCGGUUUUGUCAGGAAUGUAUCAUAACUGCACUUCGCAGCGGAAACAAAGAGUGUCCAACUUGCAGAAAAAAACUCGUAUCUAAGAGAUCCCUAAGACCUGAUCCCAAUUUCGACGCACUAAUAUCCAAAAUUUAUCCUAGUAGGGAUGAAUAUGAAGCACACCAAGAAAGGUUAAUGGCCAAACUGAGCAAGCAUCACAACACAUCUGCCUUAACCACCAGCAUUGAAGAAGGUCUCAGAUUGCAGGCACUGAACAGAGCUCAGCGUGUUCGUAAACAAAACUCAGAAAGACGACAAGAUGAGGAAUCAAAUGAUGGAAACGUUUCAGAAUCGCAAGGGAUGGCAGAAACUGAUGAAAAUAUGUCUAACGACGCAAUGCACCCCAAAGCAAUUAAACAUUUUUCAGAUGACUCCAGUGCUGAGAACUCCACAGGAGAAGCUAGUAUGUCAGAACACCACUCUAGAGGUAGUCCAGAACCAGUAAUUCCUCAGCUGGUAAAUGAAAUUGAGCUUAUUUUCAAACCCCAUCCUCAAGAUUGUGAUCUUAUUGAUCCAGCAUCACAGACACGCUAUAUCAAAACAACAGCUAAUGCUACAGUGGAUCAUCUUUCAAAAUACCUUGCUAUACGACUUUCCUUGGAUAAUGCAACUGAUGGAGAAGAUGCUGAAGACCAGUCAAGCAGCAAACUAUUUGACAUUUUUGUAUCAUCCCAACCUGGACAUUUUGUGCUCCUGAGCGGACCUACAAGCUUGGAACAAGUAAAAGAGAAAUACUGGAAAGUUAAUAAACCUUUGGAAAUCUUUUAUUCAGUGAGGAAAACGACUAUUGCCAUGUCAGCAUUUAAAAAGCUGCAUACAGAAACAAAAUAAAGGGAAUCGCCUCAGCAACAUCUUGGCUAAUAGUGGUAGAAAUGCAUUCUUUCUGAAAUAAGAACAUGCAUGUUAUUUUUACAAUUCUCAUUUGAGCACAAAUGUGUUGACCCUUUCUGUACUGCUAAUUCAUUGUAAAACAGCAUUUGUUAGGCAUUUCAAUGGUUGUGGCUUUUAACAGUUGGAUUUAUUUAAUGUCUGAGCUCCUUUUUUUUUGUCAGCAAGUAAAAUUAUCUAGUGAAUAGAGAUUAAUAAUUGUGUCUUAAAGAUCUGGGUUUUUGUGUGUGUACAUUCUUAAAGUAAUUAAAACAUGUUUUUAGUUCAGUCUAUAUGGCUUUAUUUAAACAAUUCUAUUGCUUUGUUUCCUAACUAAGGUGGUUGAUCAAAGUGUAUUUCUAGUUUUUUAAUUCUUAUCACAUUGUGCAAUAUCUAUUUCUUAUAAAUUUUUAGUAAGACCUAGUUUUAUUUCCCCAUAAUCAGUAAAACCUUGAGUUUAGCCAGCUAUGUUUGGAAAUCUCCAAUGAAGUUUUACAAAAAAUAUCAGUUAGUAUUUAAAACAAAAUCUUUGACACACUAUUAUAAUCUUGAACCACAUUGCAUUAUUUCUUUAAACACUUAUGAAAUAUUUCCUAAAUUCUUAAACACUUCUACAGUACUAAACCCUAUUGCAUGGAAAAUAAUAAAAAAUUAGUGUAAAAUUUUAAAAGCAAUUUAAUUUUCUUUUGAAAUUAUACAAAACAAAUAUUUAAAAUUGUUUUCAAAAUAUGUAAAGCUAGAAUAUACAUAUUUAAUUAAAUGGCAACAGCUAUUACAUAAUGAAAUAUAAGCAAACUAUAUUGUAAAACUGGCUCCGAUAUGCAAAGCAGAAAGAUAUUAUUAGACAUCAAUACCCACUGGGGUUGCUUAAAUGGUCAUAAUUAAAUAUAAAUUAAUUGAAGGCUUGUAUUAAAAUAAAUUUGUGCAUAACAGUUCUUCAGAUUUUUUUAAAAGCUACUAAUUUUCAUCUUUAAUACAGUAAUUGUACAUAAAAUUGUUCAUUAAGUAAGUUGUACUAAUACAAAAGGUUAAGCUGAAAGGACAUUCAUGGCUUAUGUUAUAGUGAUCAAGUAGAUGGAGCUCUACCUAAUGCUGGCUGAGGAAGUAUCAGUCAUCAGAACCUUGAAAUUAUUGGAUUUUGAAGUGAUAUAUACUGAGGAAGUUUGUCGAUCACUAAGAUCAUACUGCACUUUCAUACUUUUAAGAUAUAGCUGAAAACAUUUGUUUUUUCUAGAAUAGAUGCACUUUGUUUACUUUUGGUUCCUUGAAUAUCACUGGAUUUUAACCUCUGUGUACAACUUAACUUGUAUAUACUCAUUGUUGUAUCACCACUGCCAACUUCAAUUAGUUCCAUUUCUGUUUUCUUAUUGAGCAUUUUUCUGUUUUGUCUGUACUGUUCUUAUGAGAAUACUGUGGGAUUUUAUUUCUAUAUAAAAUAUUUACAGUAUGAAUUAUUUCAUCAAUUUUGUUUCUGACUUGUAAAAAAGCUACAUUUUUUGUAUGUUAAUACAUUGUAAAAACAAUAAACUGUAGUUUCUGCA